AUGUCGCUGUCCAAGUCCACUCUCGGACUCACUGACGUCUUUGAGGCAGUUAGAUCCAAAACCGUGCCCCACCAUUAUUCCCUGCUCCAUGCUUCCAGAAAGACAUUCAGUAAUGUCAAAGUCAGCAUUUCCAGCCAAUGGACUCCCUCCUGCCAAAACAGCACGGCUCCUGAGCUCCGGCCAUAUGAGCUCUGGAACAGCAACCAUUUAUUUCCAAAUGCAGAAGAAGCAACUCUCUUCUUGGGGACAUUGGACACUAUCUUUUUGUUUUCCUAUGCUGUGGGUCUCUUUGUCAGUGGCAUAGUUGGAGAUCGCCUGAAUUUACGCUGGGUUUUGUCUUUUGGCAUGUGUUCCUCUGCUCUGGUGGUAUUCUUCUUUGGCACACUCACAGAAUGGUCCCAUUUCUACAACAAGUGGUUCUACUGCUGUCUCUGGGUUGUGAACGGUUUGCUGCAGUCCACUGGUUGGCCCUGUGUGGUUGCUGUCAUGGGUAAUUGGUUUGGAAAAGCUGGGAGAGGUUUUGUGUUUGGACUCUGGAGUGCUUGUGCAUCUGUGGGAAAUAUCCUCGGGGCGUUCCUUGCCUCCUGUGUUCUCAAAUAUGGCUAUGAGUAUGCUUUCUUGGUGACUGCCUCAGUACAGUUUGCUGGAGGAGUCAUUGUCUUCUUUGGGCUCCUGACAUCACCGAAGGAAGUGGGCCUCCCUGAGCUUGGAGCAGGUGAAGACAGCAGCGUGGAGGAAGAUGCCAACAGACCUUUAAUGGACGAUGAUGAUGCAGAUGAUGAUGACCGGAAUUACUCUAUUCAAGCAACUGACACUGACAACCAGCCAAAAGCCAUUGGCUUUAUCCAGGCUUGUUGCCUUCCGGGAGUAGUACUGUACUCUUUGGCCUACGCCUGCUUGAAACUGGUGAAUUACUCCUUCUUCUUCUGGCUGCCCUUCUACCUCAGCAACAACUUUGGAUGGAAAGAAGCAGAAGCUGACCAGCUCUCUAUCUGGUAUGAUGUGGGAGGAAUCAUAGGUGGGACUAUCCAGGGCUUGAUUUCUGAUGUGCUGCAGAAGAGAGCCCCAGUGCUAGCGAUUAGCCUGCUCUUUGCUGUAGGCUCUCUUUUUGGAUACAGCCGUUCUCCAAACAGCAAACCUGUUAAUGCUCUGAUCAUGACCAUUACAGGAUUUUUCAUCGGAGGCCCUUCUAACAUGAUCAGUUCUGCAAUUUCUGCUGACCUGGGGUGCCAGGACCUGGUGAGAGGCAGCAGCGAGGCUCUGGCAACUGUCACGGGAAUUGUGGAUGGAACGGGCAGUAUUGGUGCUGCCGUGGGCCAGUAUCUAGUGUCUUUGAUCCAAGAGAACCUGGGAUGGAUGUGGGUUUUCUAUUUCUUUAUUCUAAUGACGAGUUCAACAAUCCUGUUCAUUUCACCGUUAAUAGCGAGGGAGAUCAGACUGCUCCUGCGUGAGCGGCGCCUGCGAGUGCUGGCCGAGUGACUCCUGCUUGCCUCGGGAAGGACCGUGGGGUGGAACUGACAGCUGGGACACCUAUCAAAACUUCAGGAGACUUGUUCCUUACAUCCUCCAGGUU